GUUUUCUGUCAAAUUGAGUUAUGUUUUCCAUUAAUGACAGUGAGGCUUCAGAGUCCUUAUAAUCAGCAAGUUGUAAAUCAGUUCUUUUUAUCAGGUUCUUUGUUCCUCAGCCAGUUUUAAAUUUUUAAUAUGCAUUGACUCGUUUGCUGCAGCCAGAAAAUGCUGCAUGUGCACUAUGUUGAAUAGUAACAAUUUAAACAAUAUCACUUUUGCUUUCUUGUUUUUCCGUGGAUUAGGAGAGCACUCAUGGACUCCAAGGGAACUAGUUGGCUGAAAAAAGAGAAGAAUGAAGUAUAUGCUGAACCAGGCUCCUUGGUUCAGUUACACACAUCCACCAUGAAAGUAAAAGAAGAAUUGGAUGAGCAAGUGAACCAACAGGUCCUCACUGUAUUCCACAACAUUCCCCAUGCUGGGUGUAUUGGCUGUUAUGUCAUGUCUGAUCACUUUAUCAGUUUCUUCAAGAUCCACCAAGGAUUGUAAUGCCUAGUCCUCGUAUAAAGCAAGACGUAGAACUGAAACUGGAUUUAGAUGGCAUUGAGCAUGAUGUAAGUUUUCACUUCGGUCAUGCAUUGUGCAUGAAGUACUGUAUGAAUAUCAUGAAAUGCAUUGGGUGCAGUAAAUUCCAGUGAUCAUAAAUGAUGAAACAUUAAAACCGAGGAUAUUAGCACUUCUCCAGAAUUUUUAUAGUAUUUCAAUUGACUGUAGGUAUAUUGUUCUGUUGUGUGUAAUGGUAUUUGAAUGAAACUUGUAGGAAACAUAAGUUUAUUAACUGUAACACAUGGUAAUUUUAUUGUACAUGUAAAUAA